UUAUUUUAUAUGUUUAUCGUAAAACUAUUUUUUUAAUAAUAAAUACUAAUAAAUAAAUUAAAAUAUAUAAACAAUAUAAUAAGAAAAACAGAUAAGGCUCCCUCUGGCGUUGUAAUGUUUGAGCCCCAAAUGCCCCAUCCAGAAUGAGACCCUGAACACUCAUACUCUCUUCUCUAAUCAAUCCUAGUGCUCUCACUCUCAGAAAGAAAAGAAAAAGCAAAACUAAUGAUUUCACUACGACCCUAUAACGCAUGUCUUGAAACAAAGUUUGUCUUGAAACCUUCAAAGAUUGGAUUCUCUAGACAAACACAAACACAAACACAAACAUGGUUAAUGACACAAAAGAAGGCAACACGUGGGGUACAAGUGAAAUGCAGUGGUGGAGAAAACAAGGGCGAGAAGCGAACCUUUUUGACACUCGAAGAAGCCGGUUUGGUUGAGAUAUCAGGGUUGAGCACACACGAGCGCUUUCUAUGCCGUUUAACGAUAUCGUCCUUGAACUUGCUAAGAGUGAUAUCGGAGCAAGAAGGGUGUCCAAUAGAGGACCUCAAUGCUGCCAAGAUAUGUGAUUGGUUCCUCAAAGACAAGCUCAAAAGAGAACAGAACUUAGGCUCUGCGGUUCUUCAAUGGGAUGAUUCCGAGUUCCAAUUUUAAUUUUUUACUACCUUUUCUUUUAUUUAAAGUCACCAGAUUUUCUAGGAUUAUGUUAAUCAAAAAAGGGGUGUCACCUUUUUUCUUCGGAAUGCUGAUGUUGCUCUAGUUCCCCUUUUUACUGUAUUUUCUCCCCUUCAUAGUCAUUGAAUUACAACUGCUAUAAUUUCAAGGAUCUUGGUUGAAAAUCUCAA